AUGGAUAAGAAACUAAAAAGGGGAAUUUCAUUAAUUCGAAAAUUUGCUGAAAAAUAUAAAAAUGCCAUUUUGCAAACUUUAAAAUUAAAAUCUAGAAAAACAAUUGAAAAAAAAAAGUUAAAAAGAAAGAAAACAUUUAAAACCAUUGAAAAAAAUAGUAACAAAAAAUAUAUAGAAGAAAAAAAAAGAAAACUAGAUAUUUAUUUAAUUAAUCAAGAAAAGGAAUUAGAUUUUCAGGAAAAUUACGCUUUUUUUAAUAAGUUUCAUGACAAAUCAGAUAACAUAUUUUAUAAGAAUGAAAUUGAUAAUAUUCAAGACCCCUUAAAAGUAAAGACAGAGGAAAAAAAGAACGAAGAACAAACUUUUAACUCAAUUAAUGACAACUUUCUUAAUUCAUUGAAUUCUCUUCAUUUUAAAAUUAAACAAGAAAUCGAAGAGAAUAAUGAUCUGCUAUCAAUGAAAGAACUUACUAAAAGUAACAAAUAUACUGAAGUAGAAUCAAAAGAAAAAAAUGUUGUUAAUUUAAAAAAAAUAUCUCAUGCCAAUAAAGAUUUAAAAACAAUUUUCAAAGAAGAAAAAAAUUUCAAUGAGAGACAAUUAGUUGACUCAAGUAAAAAAAUUAAAAAAAGAAAAAAAGAUUCCGCACAUAUACAAAAUAGCAAUUGUGAAAAGAAAAUUAACAAUAGUUCCAGUACUGAAUUAAAUGAAAAUUAUGAAUCUAUUUAUUUAAAAAAAAAAGAUUUAAAGAUACUUGAAAAUAAAGAUGAAACAGAAAAUAAAAAAACAAUUAGCAACUACAAUAUAAGCCAAAAAAAGAUUAUUGAUGAUAUUAUACACAAAAAUAAUGAAAUAGUUACAGAAAAAAAAAAAAAUGAUUUAGUGUUCGGAAAAAAUAAAUUUGAAAAUAUAAAUGAAAUUUUUCAAAAAGUAUUAGAAGAAAGUGAAUAUGAUAAAAAUAAUAUAAAUGAAAUAAUUAAGCAUAAUAAUCAAGAAAAUUCUGAAAAUAAUAUAAUAAACAAUGAAUACAGUAAGGAAAAUGUGAAUAUAUGCGAUAAUAUUUUAAAUAAAAUAGAUGGAACUCGUGUAAAUGAGUAUUUUAAAGAUAAAAUAAUUUUCCUAGAAAAUAAAAUUAUUUCGGAAGAAAAUGAUAAAAAUUGUAACGAUAACGAAUAUAAUUUAAAUUACGUAGAGAAAGGCAGAUCUAAAGAUAACCAAGCAGAUAUUAACUUUGCUUGUGAUCAAAAUAACUCAGAAGAAAUUAAAAAAUAUUAUAAUAUAUUAACACCAUUAAAAGAAGACAAUUCUUUCGAUUUCUUUUUUAAUGAAUCAUUGGGUACACCAUCUAUAUUUCAAAUGUAA